UUAUGCUGCUCCAGGUGAGCAGUGGCGGCCUCUGUCCUCCAGGUGUCGCUGGUAUUCCUCCGAUCGGCUCGGAGCGUCGCGUUGACCCGGACAUGAACGUCCCGCCGGGGUCGGGCCGCCGGGGUCACCGGGCUCCACCAUGGCGUGGAGGAGCUGCACCGUCCUGCUCCGACUGACCGGAGGAGAUGUUUCCCGGAGCUCUGUGAGGGGAGGCAGGUGGCCUCACAGCCUCCAGCAGAGAUGCGGCUUCAGGAAAGCCGGCAGGAAGCCAGAGUCCAGGCGGGUGGAGGAGGAGCUGGGCCCCGCCCACUCACAGCCCUCUGAGGCCGCCGCCCCCCGACGGACCUCCGCCCCCCACUGGGAGCAGCAGGCUCCGCCCAGCUCCCCUCGCGCCUUCAGCCGCCUCCUCCGACCGCUCGUCUUCACCGUGGGGUUUACAGGGUGCUCCUUCGGCUUGGCGGCCAUCUGGCAGUAUGAGAGGCUCAAGUCCAGAGUCCAGAGCUACUUCAACGAGAUCCGAGCUGAUUGGCUGGAGAAGCUGCGGCCUCAGAAACGAGGAGACUUCCGCAAAGAGAUCAACCAAUGGUGGCAGAGCUUGAGCGAGGGUCAGAGGACGGUCACAGGGAUCAUUGCUGCUAACGCUCUGGUGUUCCUCUGUUGGAGAGUCCCGUCUCUGCAGCGCUCCAUGAUCAGAUACUUUGCAGCCGACCCGGCGUCCAAGACGCUGUGCUCUCCCAUGCUGCUCUCCACCUUCAGCCACUUCUCUUUCUUCCACAUGGCGGCCAACAUGUACGUCCUCUGGAGCUUCUCCACCAGCGCCGUCUCCAUGCUGGGCAGAGAGCAGUUCCUGGCCGUCUACCUGUCUGCAGGAGUCAUUUCUACGUUCGUCAGUUACGUUUGUAAGACGGCCACAGGAAGGUUCGGUCCAUCUCUGGGAGCCUCCGGAGCCAUCAUGACCGUCCUGGCGACCGUCUGCACCAAAAUGCCAGAAGCCAAACUGUCCAUCAUCUUCCUGCCCAUGUUCACCUUCAGUGCUGCCAACGCUCUGAAGGGCAUCAUCGCCAUGGAUACGGCCGGUCUGGUGUUGGGAUGGAAGUUUUUCGACCACGCUGCUCAUUUAGGAGGAGCCUUGUUCGGAGUCUGGUACAUCAUGUUCGGUCACGAGCUGAUCUGGAAGAACCGAGAACCUUUCGUCAAACUUUGGCACAAGCUGAGAACUCGAGGAGGCCCAGGAGGAGACGGAGGAGGUGCUGUGUAGCCGCCGGGGCUGAUGGGAAAUAAAAACCUGUAAAGAUGUAUAAAUGUACAGACGGACGUUCGGCUUCACCAGGACAGGUGGGAGUCAUGAUGACAUCACAUGAUGAUGUCACACCUGGAGCAGAAGAAUGAGUCAUGUCCAUAUUUAUAAAAAUGAUUAUUGAUUAUUAUUAUUGAUAUGAAUGAUUCGCUGCAGAGACUAAUUAACAAGCUUGAUUCAGUUACCAUGGCGACGGGGCAGAAACCAGGACUGACAGUCAUUUUUAAUGUUUGAUUGUUUCUCUGUUAAUUAUUCAGCCAAUCAAACGUCCAGACAGACAGCUGAUGAACUGACCGCAGAUCAGUGUUCUCGUCUCUGUUUAUUUAUGUUUGUUGAUUUCUUUCAAAUAAAACUGUAAAAUGAUGAA